GGCAUCAGGACCACCUCGUGUUUCACACGUCGUCCGUACGCCGUACCGUGUCUUGCGGCCUGUAGGUCCGCUGGUGUCAAAGUUACUGGGCGAGCAGACAAUCGCAUUUCGGGCAAAUUCCUGGUGGUCUCAUUCCCUAGGAAAGCAUUCCUGCCUGCGCCUGCACAACCGACCCCUGCCGCGAUGCAGCCGUCCGUUAUGAACAAGAGCCCCAGGGCCGCACCAGCUCCACUAGGUCCUCAACACCUCAGGACAGCUUCGCGUGCUUCCAGAGACUCCACUUCGCCGGCGCCCUCCUCGCCCCAUGGUUCACGCAACCAACAAGUCGAUGUAAACACCUUCCAUAACGUCGACUUCGCCGAGCAUUCGAUCCGCCCGCCACCUUCCGCAUUUACAUGCGACUCCGGAACAUCUACCUCCUACGAUCCACAUGGUGCCUCGCCCUUGCCCCUCGACCUUCAGCGUUCAGAAUCCCCCCGCUUGUCUCUCACUGGCACUCUGUUGAACAACUGCCAGCCACUUCUGACUCGCGCCACAAACACUUUACAACAACAUACUUCAAAAGCAUCCUUCCACUCCCCCACCAAGUCACUGGCCAGCUUCAUCCCUUCUCGCAGUGCCAUCGAAUCCACCGCUAGCCAACCCAAAAUCCGCGCUCUCCAGAACUGGUUCAACGGGGCUUCGGGUCAAGUGAACCUCGGAAUUGGUCCUCGCUCGCGUGAUAACGAAGACGACGAAGACCCUUACGACUCUGAAGACGAUUACGACGAAGACGGCAAUAUGAUGGCCGGUAUUUUCAAUCGCGGCGCAUCCUUCACAAGGUCGUCGACUGAGAAUGACAAACAACCCCAAAAUGCUCCCGAAUCGACCCAAGAGUCCCCGUCUGCCAGCAACCGAUUUGCAUGGCUACUUUCGACCCAAAAGAAUGCCUCCGUCCCAGAUCCUGUACCCUCGCCAACCUACCAUAACCCGUCCGAUGAGCUUCUCAACCUAAACAUCUCCCAGACCCUCUUCCCUCAUGGCCCUGUCGACCCACUAGCCCCUUCCUCAUUCAACGACCUGCUAUCCUCCGCCGAGUCUCUCAUUUCCCGAUACCAAACAAGCUACCGCCAGCUUUCCACAGCUCUGGUCGAUGCCCGAGCCGAACAAAGCGCGCAAGACGACGAGUUGGAUGAGGCGGACACAAGGAUCAGGCAUCUCAAGAUGCAAAUGGAGGCCAUGGCCGCGCGGGCGGCCGACCAAGACGAACAGAUGCGGAGGCUCAUGGAGGAUCUCAUGUUCGAGAAGCGUGCCCGCGAGGAAGACGAGGCAGCACGAAAACGCAGUGUCGCCCUUGUACGGGAAACACCACGCGAAGAAACCCACAGCCCCACCAGGCGCCGUACACGCAUUUCCAACUCCGACGUCAGCGUCGACUCGGGCUUCGAAUCAGAAUGCGAGACGGACGCCGCCAGCGUCUUCUCCAAGCGCGAAUGCCUGAGUCCAACGGGGACAGACCACUCGUCCGUCGCUGCGCUAGAGGACCGCGAUACCACGCCUAAGGGGAAACGAUCGCAAACCAUCCAGCGCAUGAGCACCUUCGACAAAACACGCAACGAUCCUUCUUUCGAGAAGAACAGCUGGGGGUGUUCGAAUUGCGAGGGCGGCUCGCAGGCUUCGGUUUGGGGUCGCUUGUCAAAAGAACGGGAGGAGAACAGCGUGCUCAGGCGGAGAGUCGGCGAGUUGGAAGAAGCGGUCGAAGGGGCGCUCAAUAUCGUUGAUGGUCCGUGGGGUAUCUGA